ACCCAAAAAGACACAACCUUUAUUCUAAAUCUAAAACCCUUUGUUCUCCUCCUACUUUAACACUUUCUAAGCUUCUACUCCACUCCAGUUCCCCCCAAAAGCCCUCCCUUUUCUCUUUCUCUCAGUCUCUCUAGAACUGUUGUUUAAAUUCUAAGAAGAAAAGAAUGAGGGGUCCUUUGGGGGCAGUACUAGAAAGGUAUCCAUUGAGUGAUGGAACUACAGAAGAUGGAGGGAUCAUUAGACACAACAGGAAAUGUAGAGAUGUUGCAUUUCUUGUCAUUUUUAUAGCAUUUUGGGUUGCUAUGAUCGUUAACUCUAGCUUUGGAUUUAACCAAGGAAACCCAUUAAGGCUUACAUACGGGCUGGACUACAAAGGGAAUGUAUGUGGUGACAAGCAUGCUCAUCCUGGCCUUCAUCAGCUGGAACUCAAGUAUUGGUUGAAUCCAAAUCAGGUUUAUCAAAGUGGUGUGAAGGAUAGCCAAUUCAAAUUGUCUAAUGCUCGGAGUAUAUGCUUGUUGGAUUGCCCUACUCCAUUAGAAGAUUCACUAAGUUGGGUCUGUGAUUAUCCAGAGGGGGAUAUCCACCUCUCAAUGGAUGACUGGAUUGAUAGAAAUUACGAUUAUUAUGAAAUUCUUACCCCGGAAAUGAAAAAUGCUUCUCUCCAACUUCAGGGUCCAUGUUACCCAGUUAUAUUUCCAAGUGUGAAUGUUUACUGGAGUUGCCAAUAUAUUGCUCGUGCUUCAAAUGCAUCUUUGCGGCACUGGAAACAGAUGGGUGGAGUGGAUAUCAAAGAAGAUAUCGUAGUAGAUAAAUCCAUUCACAGUUUUAUCAAUUCUCGGUCAUCUGUCUUAAAGCGUUACAUGGCUGAUAUCGGAAAGGCAUGGCCUGUAUUGAUAGUUUGUGGUGGGCUAUUGCCACUAUUUCUUUCAGUUGUAUGGCUGUUAAUGAUUCGCUAUUUUGUUGCUGCAAUGCCUUGGAUCACGGUUGCCUUCUUUAACAUUCUCAUAAUAACGGUUACAGUGUUUUACUACUUAAAAGCUGGAUGGAUUGGAAAUGAUGCCAUCUCCCCUAUCAUUGGUGAUCAUGAUCCAUACAUACAUGUUUUUGGACGAGAACUAAACCAUCUACGUGCUGCUGCGAUUCUUAUGACAUUUGUUAUGGUUCUUUCCAUCCUAACAUCAAUAGCAAUUGUUCGCCGUAUCCUAAUGGGAACAUCAGUGCUAAAGGUUGCUGCAAAGGUCAUAGGUGAAGUCCAAGCACUGAUAAUUUUUCCAGUCAUACCAUAUUCAAUUCUAGCAAUUUUUUACAUGGUCUGGAUAUCAGCUGCCCUCCAUCUGUUCAGUUCUGGUCAGGUCGUCCAGAAUAAUUGUAAUACCAACUGCUGUGCUUACGAUCUUCUGUCGGAAAAGGUGAACUGUGAUCAUUGUUGUGGUUAUAGCAUCCGUUACACCCCUCAUAUUGCUGUUGCCAUCUUCUUCCACCUGUUUGGUUGUUACUGGGCUACAAAGUUUUUUAUCGCGUGUUCUUCCACGGUGAUUGCGGGUUCUGUUGCCUCUUACUAUUGGACACGUGGUGAAACAUCGUCGGAGGUCCCAGUUCUUCCUGUUUUUGACUCUAUGAAGCGGCUUAUAAGAUACAGCCUUGGAUCUGUGGCCCUUGGCUCGUUGAUUGUAUCCUUCGUGGAAUCAAUUCGUUUCAUUCUUGAGUCAUUUCGUCGGAAACUAAAAGUUACUGAAACUACACCUGAUAGCUGGUUUGGAAAGAUGGUAUAUCAUACUUCACAGGGAUGCUUAAGAUGUGUUGAGUGGACAAUCAAAUCAGUGAAUCGAAAUGCUUAUAUAAUGAUUGCAAUAACAGGGAAAAGCUUCUGUAGAUCUUCUGCAAUUGCAACAGAAUUGAUCAUGAAUAAUAUCCUUAGAUUAGUGAGGUUGAAUGUGAUUGGAGAUGUUAUCCUAUUUCUUGGAAAGUUGUUUGUCAGCCUCUCAAGCGCUGUCUUUGGUUUCCUUGUGUUGGAUACCCACAAGUAUAGUUCUGGUCAUAACAAAUUAUCCUCCCCAUUGCUUCCUGUGCUGGUUUGCUGGACUCUUGGUUAUGUAGUUGCAACUCUUUUCUUUGCCGUGGUGGAGAUGUCGAUUGAUACCCUUAUACUUUCCUUCUGCCAGGACUCAGAGGAGCACGAAGGGACGGCCCAAUUUGCACCUCUCCUUCUCAUGGAAACUCUCAAUGAACAAAAUGACAUGCAGAGACUUACUCAAUGAUCUUAUGGACUAUAAUUUUCUCACAGAAUUCUUGAAUCCUUAUUAUAAUAUGGUGUUCCUACAUUCUCGUUCCCAUUUUCAUAUCAAUCCUUGUAUAUAUUUAUAUAUUUAACGGCCAUGACCAUAAGGAAGGUUUUUGUGUGAGAAAUAUAUGUAGUUAUAUUUGUGGAAAACCAACAAUUGGACAGUGGAUA